AUGCGAGGAACGAUGGAUGUCUUACGAAUUGGAAUGGAAGGUUUUGGGACCCGAACUGGUUGUGGUUCUGGUAACCAAAAGGGCGGAACGGGUUGGAGCUAUAUUGUACCGGUUGGAUGCUAUGUUGGAAAGUUUCCUAACCUGGUCGUCAUCGUUUCCAAGCGGAUUGCUCUUCUGACCCUGCUUACCUUUAUACAGUAUCGUAGUGCUAUCAUCCAGCACGACGUCGAACGUCGGAUUUCAACCACAUUGUCCUUGUGUCUCCUCAGCAUCUCGGCACACGUCUUCAUGUGGUACUGCUCGUCGACAUACCGGAUGAAUAAGUCUAUUGCAUCUAUCCAGUCUCCAUAUGACAUGAGGAGCUUGUCCUUCGGAGUCUAUCCAUUCGAGGUUGAAAACCGUCAACGACUCGAGUUUGAGAAUUGUUCGUCGACGAACACCAUCUCGCUUUCUGGGUCGAUCAGAUCUCUGACUUCUCUUUCCGCCUUCUUCUGCUUCAUCGGUUUAGGGGGUACUUCUGUUCUCUCCUCUCUCACUCCAUCCGUCAUCUCAUUCACGGCCGUCAUUUCGUUUGGAUCGUCACCUCCGGCUACUAUCGAUGCCGUCCUUUGGCGCUUAAUCCUCACGCUUGCUGGGUUUGGUGGCUGUCCCAGUACGGCUAUACUUGCUGUUACCAGGUCCUCUGGCUCGUACGGUACUACCCCGUAUGCCGCUCGAUAG